AUGGGUUUGUUGCGGAAUAUCGAGACUGGGCAAGCUAUCAAAGGAAAGCCGAGUUAUGAGAGACAGUUGAACUUUAUUUGCAGAGGUGAAAUGGAAUGUCUGUCCGGGGAUUGCCUUCCAGAACAAAAAAUGUGCGAUGGGAGGAACGAUUGCAUUGACGGGCGGGAUGAGUCUGUGAAUUUAUGUAUGAAACUUUUUAAGUCGGGUCAUUUUCAAUGCGCUAAUGGCAACCUCAUUGAAAAAAAAAAAAUCUGCGACAAUAUAUUCGAUUGCCCCGAUGGCUCCGAUGAGUUGUUAAAAUUCUGUGUUGAUAAUAAGGAUUGGAUACGGAACCCACCAAAGACGUGUGUGGAACCAACAGAGAGAGGACUACGAUUUACAUAUGACACAAAGUAUCACUUGGCGAACGGAACCCGAUUCGUUUAUGCCAAUCAGGGGGUUGUCUUUGAGUGCUACGACCGCAAUGCUAAAAUAAUUGGUAGUAAGUGGAACGUAUGCCUAUAUACGGGUGAAUGGAAAAACCCUCAGAUAGAAUGUCAAUCGAAGCCAGUGAACAACAAUCCCAACACGAAUGGAACGAACGGAUGUCCCAUAAACACAUACGUCAAGGAUCUUUUGCUGAUCUAUAAAUGCGUGGAUGGCAAUUGCUUAACACGGGUGGAACCGCCUAUAAAUGAUAUGAGAGUACAGUUUGCAUGCGCGAAAGGGUACUUAUUGACACCACUUGGCUUUGGCGAAAAGAUAUUGAGAUGUUUACAUAAGCAAUGGGAUUCGAAUAAUGUCUACUUCACGGACCCAGUCUGUAAAAAACCAUGUAAUCGGAUUAACUUAUACUGCAGUGAUUCAAUGUAUCCGAGGUGCGAAUAUAAUGGUAUUGAGAACUAUUAUUGCAAUGGGACGCUCUUGCCAGGCACUAAAGCCAUAUAUUUCUGUAAUUAUGGAUAUAUAAUUAACCCGAAUAUGAGUAAAUUGCAAUUAGAGUGUCUUGACGAUGGAAAUUGGUUGAAUAGCAAAGACAUGGAUAAGUUCUGUCAACUGAAUUGCGGUACAACUGGAGGAGAUAAAAAUCAAUUAUCGAAAUCUACCAAAGCCCCUUGGACUACAGCACUUUAUAAAAAAAUAGAAACCAGCUUCGAAUAUGUGUGCAGUGGGGUCAGGUUAAAACCCAAUAUAGUGCUCACUGCUGCACAUUGCGUUGUCAAGAAUAAAACCAAGGAGUUGUUGCCUUUUGAUUUUUUCCGCGUGGGCAACUCUAGGAGUAAUCUCCGUAUAAUCCAUGAACAUUUUGGUUGGGCGGUUGAGGAUGUGAUUCUGCAUUGGGCUUAUCUUCCGGAAUAUUUAAAUGGGGAUAUCGCUCUGCUAAAACUGAAAUACAACACCAAAGACGUAAACGAAGGGCCAUGUACCAUUUGUUUGCCAUGGGCUUACAAUAACCAUAUGACGGAAAUCGACAAAGAAAGUGGCUUGGUGUUCUCAUGGAAAAAACAUGAUUCAACGUUUUUAAACCUGACGCUAGUUUCGACUAACAUAGAAGAGAAGGAAUCGGAUGGCUUUCGCAUAAACAUACUUAACAAUCAAAAGAUCUGCAGUGGUGACAGUGGCAGCGGCUUCGGCGGGGACUGCUUUGAUGAACAAAAUCAGAAGACUAACCAGACUUGCGUGUAUGGCGUGGUGAGUUAUACAAAUACGGGGAUGGAUAAUUAUAAAUGCGCUAAAAAUAUUGUUGUCUUGGACAUACGCCAUGCCCAAAACAUGGAUUUCCUCAAAGAAACUAUCAAAAAGCUAUCGAAAACUUGUGAAGAUAGUUUGUAAUGGAAUAAACUUUUUUUCAGCUUAUAAGCCUA